AGGUUAUGGAAAGUAAUGUAGUUGGAGAUUUAGGAGAAAUAGAGGCUGUUUUGAGGAGGAAAGAUGGAAGUAUAUCGUUAUUAGCAACUCUUUCACUUGCAAUUAAGAUUCUUCCUUAUUUUGGAUAUGCAGACCAAUGCAAAACUCUAAUGACACAGCUCAGGUCGGAGUCCAGACAGCUCUGGCUUUCUAAUGAAGACCAGUGGCUCAAGCCUUACACUAAUGACCAGGAGGAAGAAGUAUUCCAUAUAAAGAAGAGGAGUUUAAUGGUCAAGAAUCUUAAAGGCCCUUCAAGUUCCGAUUAUGAAGUAUCUUGAGACUCACAAGUGAAGGAACUGGGACAUUCAGGGGCUUAUAAGCUAUAUUCUUUUGAUUUUUGGCCUAAUGGUGAGGAUCUCCCAGGCCUUGAAACUAUUGCUGAUUUCUGACAAAUAGUGGAUUCAGAUUUGUUAAAAGUUGGAAUGAUAUAUAUUUUUAGUGGCAUAAGCACAAUUCCUGAUUCUGAAUGGCUUUUGACAAUUUCUAGAGCUCUUAAGAUUAAAGUGGAAGAGUAUAAAGCUGAUAAAGCAAUUUACUAUAAAUUUAAGUGGCCACCUUUUUUAAUUUCGAAAACAAAUUUGGCUGAUGAUACUAAAAACCUCUAUGUUUGUUCAUAUAAUUGGAAUCUCCCAAAUAAUCAGAGCAAGCAAGCUUUGAUUGGCAAAAUUCAAAAUAACUUCCUCGAACUUCCUAGCCUUAUAGAGUUAUUCAGAAAAUUACUGGAGAUUGUAACCAUGAAAACUCUUUCAAAAGAAAUUAAAAACUCUUUCAUUAAAAUACGGCUGUAUCAUAAGAAUAUUAUGAGAGAUAAAGAUUGUAUUCCCCAGCUCUCAGAAAUAUUAGAUAAUCACACAAUUACUGAAGAAAAUCAGAGAGGUUUUGUUCCAAAAUUCAUACUUUAUUGUGAGCAUUUGUUUAAAGAUCAGAGGCAGCCCUUGCAGCCAAAUGAUCUUGAUUGAAUUCCAAUUUUAUCAAAUGUGCUAAGCAAUAAAGGAUUUCCAAUCAGAUUAGCUUUAUAUCGUAAAAGUUUAUGAAAGGCCAUGAAGUAUGAGAUAAAUGGAGGCAAAUGCUUGAUUGGCUACAGCAACUGGACUAUGAAAAUGACCAAUUUCGAUUUAGAAGUCUCAAAUAACUGUACGAUUGACAAUAAUUAUAUUGUAUUCAGAUCAAAUGAAAAUAUUUUUAAUGCAAAUGUCUAUGAAAAAGCGAGUUUUAACUACCUAGAGGAGCACAAAUCCUCACCAGAAGACCUAAAGAUCUAUAUUCCUACAGAUGAAAUCCAAACUCUCAGCUGAGAUUUUGGAUUCCUGAGGAAAAUACUCUCUGUAGGUUCAAUUCAGAAACUGUCAGAUUUGCAAAUAAAGAUGUCUCCUAUUGAUCUCAGUAAAGAAUAUGCCUGCGAAAUUCUCCAAAGCCUGCCUAAAUGCAUAAAAGUAGAGAUAGAAAUUAUUGAUCUUGAGCCUGGAAGUGACCACCAAGAGCAGAACAAUGAAAUAUCCUUUGAAGCUCUUCAGAAUUUGAACUUAAAGAAACUCAAGAUUGGUUAUGAAAUCAGCAACGAGGAUUUGAUACUCUCACUGAUUUCAUUUCUGGAACAUCAAACUGCUCUUAAUGCUAUCUCUGUCAAGAUCAGAGCUUCUGAGAUUGAAGAUGUAAACUCAGCUUUUAAGUCCUUACUUGGAGCUAUCUGCGACUUACAUUGCUUAGAUAUUGACAUCUCAGUUUCAGAAGCAACCCCUGAGAUGAAUGAGAUGUCUAAAGAGUUUGCUCAAAGCAACAUUGACAAGGUCAUUUCGAUCAGCCUCAAUCCCCCAUCGGAAAGAUCUAAACCAACAGAAAAUCUUGAAAAUUCCAGUUCAGACGAUCCUACCCCAAAAUCUCAUGAAUGUUCUGGAGAAAUACUGAUAAGAGACAAGUUCACUAAGUUAGAGAAGAAAUUAAAAUAA